GCGUUGCUCACACGUUUGUUGUUGUCAAACGGCGGCUGGCGCCUCGCAGUGAAUUUCUGCUCGGUAACUGGCGUAUCUGAAGGUUCCAUUUGCAGAUUUUCCGUCCCUUGCUGUCGCGGCAGUACUACAUAGUUUUAUUUUGCUGUCGCAGCGUCGGGCGAUCGAACUGCAGGCAAUGGAGCCAAGAGCUCUGAAGAACCCGUACAGCGACUACGACGGAAUCCCGGGCUGCACGGCGGCCUACUUCGACACGCACGGACGGCUUACCCACGAGUUUGCCGGGCGUGUGAGGUGUAAAAUUGCAGAGCUGCUGGAACAGAUGCACCAUGGUCUCCGAUCGGCUGAUCCUAGAGACUGCACUGCUUACACCGGCUGGGCAGGUAUUUCCCUGCUCUAUUUACAUCUUUAUAAUGUUUUUGGAGACUCUUCUUAUCUUGCAAAAGCGCUGGAGUUUGUUAGCAAGAGCCUGAACUGUCUGACAAGGCGCUGGAUCACCUUUUUGUGUGGCGACACAGGCCCGCUUGCCAUAGCUGCAGUGAUAUUUCACAAAAUGCAGAAGCAAAGGGAGUCGGAGGAGUGCCUGAACCAACUUUUACAGCUUCACGAGUCUGUCGUAAAACUGGAUUCCCGAGUCCCGGAUGAGAUGCUGUAUGGACGGAUGGGUUAUCUGUAUUCACUCGUCUUUGUGAAUGAACAACUUCAACAGGAAAGGAUUCCUAGGCAGUACAUUCAACAGGUUUGUAAAACUGUUCUUGCUUCUGGAGCAAACCUGUCAAUGAAAAGUCAAUUCCAGGAGAAAAGUCCCCUGAUGUACGAGUGGUACCAGGAGUACUAUGUUGGGGCGGCCCAUGGGUUAGCUGGAAUCUACUACUUUCUGAUGCAGCCAGAUUUCGGGGUAAGCCAAGAUCAACUUUUGGGACUGGUGAAACCCAGUGUGGAUUUUCUUUGUAAUCUCAAAUUUCCAUCUGGAAACUACCCUCCUUGCAUUGGUGACACCCGGGAUUUGCUAGUUCAUUGGUGCCAUGGCGCGCCAGGCCUCAUCUACAUGCUCAUCCAAGCCUAUAAGGUUUUUGGAGUGGAUCAGUACAUGAUUGAUGCUGUGCAAUGUGGAGAAAUAAUUUGGAAUCGAGGGCUUCUGAAAAAAGGCUAUGGAUUGUGCCAUGGAGUGGCUGGCAAUGCCUAUGGGUUCCUAGCGCUGUUUAAAUUUACUCAGGAUGCCAAGUACCUGUACCGAGCUUGUAAGUUUGCAGAAUGGUGUUUAGAUUAUGGAAAGCACGGCUGCAGGACCCCUGACACUCCAUUCUCUCUUUUUGAAGGAAUGGCCGGAACAAUCUACUUUCUUGUAGAUCUGCUGCAGCCUAUGAGGUCCAAAUUCCCAGCAUUUGAGUUAUAGAAUCCUUGGAAUAUAAAGAGGGAGGAUUUUUCCGUUUUGGUGGGCGCCAGUUCUUCUCCUUGGCCUCCUGUAUCCCUCCUUGAUGUAACUUGUCUCCCCAUCCCUACAUGCAACUCAUUCUACUACUGUAAAGACUUGGCUUUAGCUUUUCAUUUCAGAUGUGAUGCAAUUCACAUGUAACAUUUGGAGGGCACUGGAGCGGCCAGCUGUGCCCCCCUGGUGUUCUCAUGAGGAGGACAAGCCGUGCGUACAUAGAAGUGCGCUCUCUGGCGUGUCGAGUGUGACGUAAUAACUCGUCCAGUCAGAUGAGUGCCUCUGGUUUUCUCUUUUCUUGUCAUUCGUUAAACUAGCAGUUUGCUUUUUGUGCUGAGUGUACAGUAACUGUUUAAUAAUGGGGACGGCACAACUGAGAAGUCAUUUGGAUUUUGAUAGCAUUUGUGCCAGAGAUUAAUGUUAAGAUUUUUAAAAUCGAAUCAUUUAUAGUUUAGAGUUAGGAAGCACUUACAGCAGUCGCGUUCAGACAGAUCUGAAAUGAAUUCACUUAAUAAUAAGGUAUUUUGUGCGUAGAAAUAUUUUGCUUGUGUAAGAGCCUUUGUUAGGAUGCUUUGCAUGUUCUUUCACUUUAAGUACAAGUGGCAUUUCUGAGAGUCUUUGUAUAGUUUGCUCUCGGCGUCUUUUAUCUUUACGCUAAGGCGGUGCUGUGCUGUACUGUGCUGUGUAAUUCACCAUGCCAUACCCUUGUGCCGUGUGCCAGCUCUCUUACAUCAUAAAGUAAGUUGGGCAAUUAAAAGAAUGGCUUUGUUUAAAAAGA